AUGGCCCCGCACUUGCACCAUGUCCCUUCCUCCACGUCUACUCAGGCUCAGGCUGGGGGGAAAACUACUGCUAUGAUCAAGGAUGAAGAGAAAGAGAAAAGUGUCGAGGUAUUCAGUGGCAGUGGUGCAGACACUGACGCCAUCAGAGUCCGACUGGACCCUCAGAUCCACCCUGUGGAUAUCGCACAGUUUACACAGUUUGGCUUUGACAAACAGGUCAAACAACUGGCAAACCACUUGGGCUUUCAGCCAGUCAUGAUCCGCAAUGUGUACAAGCACGUCAGCAACUUCAAAUGUACCAAAAAAAUAGUAAAGUCCAUGCACACUGCUGCCAUGGAAUGUGCCAAAGCAGAGAUUGAAGGGCAAGAAGUAGAGGAGUUGUAUGCCAGUGACAAGUCUGAGAAUGACAGCACCGGAAUCAUGAGUACUGUAGAGAUACGCACUUAG